CAAUUCUCUACAAAUUAAGCCAGAUUUGUUCCAUUUCGAUGAUUCUACAGUUCAUUCUGAGGAAACCUAUAAUUCUUUGUUUCAUGAUCAUGAACUGCUUCUCUCUAAUACAACUCGUAAAUUUUCGUUACUAGGAGAUAUUGGUUGAGAUAAAUUUACAGUAUUCAAAUGGGGGAAACAAAGCCAGAAAAUGACGAUUCAAACAAGGUGGAAAAGAAAGAGAAGAACAAAGAUGAAAAGAAGACCAAGGAGGAGGAGGAGUUGGGAGAAGAGAAAACAAAGGACGACAAGAAGAAGAAAAAGAAGAAGGAGAAGGAUGGUGAUGAGGAUCAUGAAGAAAACAAAGAAUGUGAUGGCACAGGUAAGGAUAAGGAGGAGGAGAAGAAGAAGAAGAAGAACCCUGAAGAUAAGAAGGAUCCAACAAAGUUAAAGCAAAAGCUGGCAAAGAUAGAAGUCAAGAUAAAAGAAUUGGCUGCAAAGAGAGAAGAGAUCUUGAAAUUGAUUAAAGAAGCUGAACAAAAUUCCGGGAACUCAGCGGCGACGGCGGCUGCCGGAGAUGCUUCAGCUGCUGCUGCUGCACCCAGUUCUUGA